UCUCUCUCUCUCUCUCUCUCUCUGAGUGUGUGUGUGCGUGUGUGUUUUCUUGCUUGGACGCGCCUCGUGCCUUGGCGUUUUUUCUUGCUUUACUCGCACAAGAAGGAAAAUUUAACAAAACAAGGGCGGCCCAGUUUGUGAUUUCGUUUCAAAGAGCAACCUUUUUGCGUAAUUGAUCUCUUUGUUAAGAUGGCCAAGAAUGUGGGAAUACUUGCCAUGGAAAUCUACUUUCCUCCCACUUGCAUCCAGCAGGAAGUGCUGGAGGCUCAUGAUGGAGCUAGCAAAGGAAAGUACACAAUCGGGCUCGGCCAAGAUUGCAUGGCGUUCUGUACCGAGGUGGAAGAUGUAAUUUCUAUGAGUAUGACAGCUGUCACAUCUCUCCUACAAAAGUACGGGGUCGAUCCUAAGCAGAUAGGGCGCCUUGAAGUUGGCAGCGAGACUGUGCUCGAUAAAAGCAAAUCCAUUAAAACUUUUUUGAUGCCAAUCUUUGAGAAAUGUGGAAAUACUGACAUUGAAGGUGUCGACUCAACAAACGCAUGCUAUGGGGGCACUGCUGCUCUAUUUAACUGUGUAAAUUGGGUAGAAAGCAGCUCUUGGGAUGGACGUUAUGGGCUCGUUAUCUGUACGGACAGUGCUGUGUAUGCUGAGGGGCCUGCUAGGCCAACUGGUGGAGCUGCUGCUAUUGCCAUGCUAAUUGGGCCAAAUGCUCCUAUUGCUUUCGAGAGCAAGCUUAGGGCUAGCCAUAUGGCUCAUGCCUAUGACUUUUACAAGCCUGACCUUGCCAGUGAAUAUCCAGUAAUUCUCUGCUCUGUUAAUCAUAGUCUGUUAACUAUGGUUGUUGAUGGAAAGCUUUCUCAGACUUGUUACCUCAUGGCACUUGAUUCUUGUUACAAUAACUUAUGUGAGAAGUAUGUAAAGCUUGAGGGCAAGAAAUUCUCAGUUGAUGAUGCUGAGUACUUUGUAUUUCAUUCUCCAUACAACAAGCUUGUACAGAAGAGCUUUGCGAGAUUGUUAUUCAAUGACUUUUUAAAGAAUGCCAGCUCUAUUGACGAGGCUGCCAAAGAGAAGCUGACUCCGUUUUCAUCAUUAACCAAUGACGAAAGCUACCAAAAUCGCGAUCUUGAGAAGGCAUCUCAACAAGUCGCAAAGCCUUUUUACAAUGCUAAGGUGCAGCCAUCGACACUCAUCCCGAAACAAGUGGGAAAUAUGUACACAGCAUCACUCUAUGCAGCUUUUGCAUCACUACUCCACAAUAAAAACAGCACUUUGGCUGGGCAGAGGGUGAUAUUGUUUUCAUACGGCAGUGGUCUUUCGGCCACCAUGUUUUCUCUUCGUCUUAACGAGGGGCAGCAUCCUUUUAGCCUCUCCAACAUUGCAACUGUCAUGAAUGUUUCAGACAAGUUGAAGUCGAGGCAUGAGUUUCCACCGGAAAAAUUCGUCGAGAUCAUGAAGCUAAUGGAGCACAGAUAUGGUAACAAGGGCUUUGUAACGAGCAAAGAUUGCAGCCUUCUCGCAGCAGACACUUAUUACCUCACUGAAGUAGAUUCUAAGUACCGAAGAUUCUACGCCAAGAAGGCUGCUGAGAAUGGAAUCGUUGCCAAUGGCCACUGAAAGAUGGUAAUAGUGAUGCCCUCGUGAAGUUCUCCUACUCAUAGUCGUUUUAGCGCCUUGAGAAAAUAAUUGCAUUUUGAUUGUUUGAUAAAAGCGUCGACUUUGUUCAAAAGGUUAUGUGUCGUCUUAUUUUUUAUUUUUAUUUUUUUGUAUUUUACAUAUUAAUGAAAUGGUUGGGGAACUUAGUGACACCCUACAUGCUGUGUUCCUACUUUCUAAUUUUUUUUUUUAAUGAAUUUUCUUCUUAAAGUAUGUAACAAGUUUGUUUAAUGUAAAGAUGGAUAAAGGCUCCCCA